UGUGGCGUCACCGUGCCGGAAGCUACGCGGUCAGCGCAGAUGAGGCAGGAAGUUGACAUGUCACGUCUGCUGUUUUAUUUUUUAACGCACUAAUAAACACAAAUUGGCUUUGCGAAUAUACUAAUACUGCUGAAAGAGCAGUAUGUUGCCGACAAGCUCCGGGCAAAUCCAUGGCAAUGGCAGCUUAAACAUGCGGGAUGCAGCACGGCACACCGCCGGCGCAAAGCGCUACAAGUACCUGCGACGACUCCUGAAUUUCAAACUUAUGGAUUUUGAAUUCGCCGUAUGGCAGAUGUUAUAUUUGUUUACAUCACCGCAGAAAGUGUAUCGUAACUUUCAUUACCGUAAACAGACCAAAGACCAGUGGGCCCGGGAUGACCCGGCUUUCCUGGUGCUGCUCGGCAUCUGGCUGUGUGUGUCGACAAUAGGCUUCGGGUUGGUCCUGGAUAUGGGAUUUGUGGAGACGUUGAAGCUGUUACUCUGGGUCGUUUUCAUAGACUGCAUUGCAGUUGGAUUGCUUAUAUCUACUCUGAUGUGGUUUAUCACAAAUAGAUACCUGAUGAAACAUCCCAAUCGAGAUUAUGAUGUUGAGUGGGGCUAUGCCUUCGAUGUCCAUCUCAAUGCUUUUUACCCUCUUCUGGUUAUUCUGCACUUCUUACAGUUGUUCUUCAUCAACCAUCUUGUGGUAAUAAGUGCAGACUGGUUCCUAGGUUAUUUUGUGGGAAAUACCUUAUGGCUCAUCGCUAUUGGUUACUACAUUUACAUCACAUUCCUGGGCUACAACGCCCUCCCCUUCCUAAAGAACACGGUGGUGCUUCUCUACCCCUUCGCAUUGCUUGGACUCGUAUACAUUCUCUCCAUCUCACUUGGCUGGAACUUCACUAAAGGUCUCUGCUGGUUUUACAAACACCGUGUCCAGUAGAGGACGCUAAAGCACAGGACAGAAUGGACAUUGACUGCUUGAAUGCAGUGACCUUAAAGAUAAAAAUGUGUUGGAGUCAACUUUUUUGUAUAUUCUCUGUAUAUAACAGUUUGGCUGUAGAUAAAGGGAGGCGGAAAAAUAAUUUUUGAUGGUGUCAUAAAGAUUUUCUUUUUCUUCA